AUGGCGGCAGGUGGCAGUUUUUCCAGAACGAUGGAGUUUGGACAUGAACCUAUAUAUGAUUUUCCGUGUUCUUUAUGUGAGGAAGAAGGAAAACAGAUGGAAGCUGCUAGAUAUUGUGAGGAAUGUUUUGUUUUCCUUUGCGACUCGUGUGUCAAGAAUCAUAACAAAUUUCCGCUGCACAGGAGACAUCAAUUGUUAGACCAAAGCCAGUUUACGGCAGUGACCCAAUCUAACCUUGUGUCAUUUCCAACAAAGCGAUGUUUGAAACAUCCUGGAGAAAUCGUAAACAUUUACUGUGGGGACAUGAUAUCAUCUGCUGUAGCUCGUGCAAGGUUCUCGGGCACAGAUGCGGCAAAGGGUAUAAAGAAAAGCAAAGAAUACCAAAAUAUCACACAAGAAAUCCAUGCUCUCCUCAACGAUGCCGGUAGUGUUCUUGCCAACCGAAGAGCUGAUAUUUCUCGUAUCGAGACUGAAAAACAAAAUGUUAAGCACAUUAUUGCUGAUCUUAAAAGGAAUGUCAAUGCGCACUUUGAUGACCUAGAGCAAAAAUGCCUCCAAGAGUUAAACAAUAAAGCGGACAAUAUCGUUAGUGGUUGCAAACAAGACGCAAAAGAUCUAACUGUCAUGAAAUCAAAAGCUGAGGACAUUCGGAAGGAGCUCGAUUUAUUCAAGGGAGAUAAUGAAUGUGAUCUCUUCGCACAAGUCAAAAUGGGCAAGCAGUUCAUAAGUAAUGCUAAGCAGAAAGUUCUUAAUAUCUCGACGACAGUACAGAAAAAUGGUAUUAACUUUAGAAUAAACCCGAAAAUCGAGCGACUCAUUUGCUCAGUUGAAUUGUUGGGCACUAUUACAGAUAUUCCCAUGGACGCAAGACAACUUUCCACAGUAGACAAAGACACGGAUGUGAGUCAGCCACGUCCAUCUAGGAUACACUCACAAACGUCUCUGGAGAAUCGUUAUCCUCUCCCUAAAUACAAAACACCGCCAUAUGGUCAAGUUGUUGUAAAGGAAAAAACAGACUCUAAUGUCUGUGAUAUAACAGGCAUCUGUCAGUUACCAGACGGAAUUAUUCUUAUUGUUGAUUGUAACAACACAAAACUGAAGAGGCUAGAUGAUACAUAUAAACUGGUCGAUUCCCUACGACUGACCAAUAAUCCAGAUAGUAUCUGUAAUGCUGGUCCUAAUGAGGUAGCUGUAUCUCUGUUUGAGGCUAAAGAAGUUCAGUACAUAUCUGUAAAGGCAGAACUGACAGUGACGAAGUCGUUUCGUAAAGGUAACUACUGUAGAGGAAUGGUCUAUGCUGAUGAUAAAUUUUAUGUCUGUUGUGGCAGUACACGUGAUUCAUCUUCCUGGUGUAUUGAAGUGUAUGACAAAGCUGGUCAGCUACAAUUUUCUAUAAGAGAACUAUUAUCCAUUCCACUGUGUAUUACAGUCACUGAGGAUGGUCAGCAUCUUCUUGUUACUAGCUGGCGCAGUGAUGACGUAUCUUUGAUGGAUCUGACUGGUAAUGCAGUGAAUUGA